GCAGGACUAGGAUGGGGGAUGGGCCUGUGACAGGAGGUGCCCUGGGCGUCCUCUUUUGGCCCCAUGGAGUCCUCACCCAACCCCCAGUCAGCAGGGAACUCUUCCUUUUUAGGGAGAGUCCCUCAGACUCCAGGCCCCUCAACUGCCAGUGGGGUCCCGGAGGUGGGGCUGAAGGAUGUGGCUUCAGAGUCUGUGGCCCUCUUCUUCAUGCUCCUGUUGGAUCUGACGGCUGUGGCUGGCAAUGCGGCUGUGAUGGCAGUUAUCGCUAAGACUCCUGCCCUCCGAAAAUUUGUCUUCGUCUUCCACCUCUGCCUGGUGGACCUUCUGGCCGCCCUGACCCUCAUGCCCCUAGCCAUGCUCUCCAGCUCUGCCCUUUUUGACCAUGACCUCUUUGGGGAGGUCGCGUGCCGCCUCUACUUGUUUCUGAGUGUAUGCUUUGUCAGCCUUGCCAUCCUCUCCGUGUCGGCCAUCAAUGUGGAGCGCUACUAUUACGUGGUACACCCCAUGCGCUACGAGGUGCGCAUGACACUGGGGCUGGUGGCCUCUGUGCUGGUGGCGGUGUGGGUGAAGGCCUUGGCCAUGGCUUCCGUGCCAGUGUUGGGAAGGGUCUCCUGGGAGGAAGGAGCUCCCAGCAUCCCCCCAGGCUGCUCGCUCCAGUGGAGCCGCAGUGCCUACUGUCAGCUUUUUGUGGUGGUCUUUGCAGUCCUUUACUUCUUGUUGCCCCUACUCCUCAUCCUUGUCGUCUACUGCAGCAUGUUCCGAGUGGCUCGCGUGGCUGCCAUGCAGCAUGGGCCCCUGCCCACAUGGAUGGAGACACCCCGGCAACGCUCGGAAUCGCUCAGCAGCCGUUCCACUAUGGUCACCAGCUUGGGGGCCCCCCAGACGACUCCACACCGGACGUUUGGGGGAGGGAAGGCGGCAGUGAUCCUCCUGGCUGUGGGGGGUCAGUUCCUGCUUUGUUGGUUGCCCUACUUCUCUUUCCACCUUUACGUGGCCCUGAGUGCUCAGCCCAUUUCAACUGGGCAGGUGGAGAGUGUGGUCACCUGGAUCGGCUACUUCUGCUUCACUUCCAAUCCCUUCUUCUAUGGAUGCCUCAACCGGCAGAUCCGGGGGGAGCUCAGCAAGCAAUUUGUCUGCUUCUUCAAGCCAGCUCCAGAAGAGGAACUGAGGUUGCCUAGCCGGGAGGGCUCAAUUGAGGAGAACUUCUUGCAAUUCCUUCAGGGGACAGGCUGUCCCUCCGAGUCCUGGAUUUCCCGACCCCUACCCAGUCCCAAGCAGGAGCCACCAGCUGUUGACUUUCGAAUUCCAGGCCAGAUAGCUGAGGAGACCUCUGAGUUCCUAGAGCAGCAACUCACUAGUGACAUCAUCAUGUCGGACAGCUACCUCCGUCCUGCCCCCUCACCCAGGCUGGAAUCAUGAUGGGUGGUUGGACACUUGAGGGUGCUAGGACUGGGGCUAGUUAUGAUUGCAAGG